GCGGCCCGGACCUGGCGGGACACAGCAGCAGCGCCACAAGCACACCUGAGGAGUUGCGUGGCUACGACAGUGGGCCCGAGAGCGGCGCCCCAGCCUCCCCGCCCGCCGACGCAGAGCUCGCUGCCUGCCACCCGGCUGCCUGGAGCCGCGGGUCCCACUCCGCCACUGGCUGUCUGCGGCACCCCAGGAGUACCUGUGCCUUGGCCUCCGGUUGCUGGGUCCGGCUCUGCUGACGGCCUGUGCACUAUCUACGAGGUUGAAAGGCCCGAGUCGGCGACCUCCGACCCGGGACCACUGGAAUCCGGGCCCGGGCCCAGCGUGGGUGGUGGGAAGGAGGUGGCCGGGGCGGGGGCGGGAGUGGGAGCAGCCUCACGCAGUGUGAAGCCCUCGCGUCUGGGCGAGUUGCCACUGGGGGCUCUGCAGGCCAGCGUAGUGCAGCACCUGCUGAGCCGGACGCUGCUCUUAGCGGCGGCCGAAGGUGCCACUGGCGACCGCGGCGGUGGCGCGGGCACCGCUGGGAGUGGCGGCGGCGGUGCGGCAGGUUCCCGGACUGCGCUCAGCGACGCUGAACUGGGUCGCUGGGCCGAGCUGUUGUCUCCCCUGGACGAGUCCCGCGCCAGCAUCACCUCGGUCACCAGCUUCUCCCCGGAUGACAUGGCUUCCCCGCAGGGUGACUGGACCGUUGUGGAGGUGGAGACCUUCCACUGAGCCAGACCAUAGCCUAGCUCUCCACACUCCAACCCUGCCUUUGCAUCGCCCUGCGGUUACACCUCUUUGUCUUAGAUGCUGGUCCCUUCCUCUGGAGUCCGGAUCUUUGUGCAUUGGUCUCAGCCUCCUGGAACCCUAGCCUAGAAUUUUGUCCCUGGUUCGCAACCCACCUACACCUUUGGCCAAGGCCCUCCCCUUGAGCCCUGCUCCCUCCUUCCUCAGCUUAGGCCCCAUCCUGUGCCCAGUAUAUUGACUACGGCAAGCAAUAAAGCUGGGACACUCUA